AUGGAUAAAUCAAUCAUUAAGGGUUUAAAUGAUAAAAUAUAUGAGAAGAGAAAGGCAACUGCUUUAGAAUUGGAAAAUUUAGUGAAGAAAUGUAUUUUGGAUAAUGAUUAUGAGCGUAUUGAUAAAAUAAUAGAUGAACUGUGCAGAGAUUAUGCAUAUGCAUUGCAUCAACCUAUGGCUAGAAAUGCUGGGCUUAUGGGCUUAGCAGCUACUUCUAUUGCUUUAGGUAGUACUGAAGUGGGCCAAUAUUUAAGGAAGAUCCUACCUCCUGUAUUAACAUGUUUUGGUGAUCAAAAUGAUCAAGUGAGAUUUUAUGCUUGCGAAAGUCUCUAUAACAUUGCAAAGAUUUCAAGAGGUGAAAUCCUACCUUAUUUCAAUGAAAUAUUUGAUGUCCUUUGCAAAAUUACUGCAGAUAAUGAAAGUUCCGUUAAAAGUGCUGCUGAACUACUUAAUAGACUCAUCAAAGAUAUUGUUGCAGAAAAGGCUUCCAAUUACAGAACAAUAGUUAAUAAUGAUCCUUCAAAAACACCAGUAGCCACUUCUCUGGAUCCUCUAACAGGUAAUGUUUAUCAGGAGAAUUAUCAACAAGAUAAUAACGAUCUUGCAUUUUCUUUACCUAAAUUUAUUCCACUGUUAAGUGAAAGAAUAUAUGCAAUUAAUCCAGAUACAAGAGUAUUUUUAGUUGAUUGGAUUCGGGUACUAUUAAAUGCACCUGGAUUAGAAUUGAUGUCUUAUUUACCGUCAUUUCUUGGUGGACUUUUCACUUUCUUAGGUGAUUCUCAUAACGAUGUUAAAAUUAUCACUAAAGAACUAUUGGAUUCUCUUUUACAUGAAGUUAAUAGAAUAGCUAAAUUGCAAAUAGAGCUAAAGAAUAAACAAAAGAAAAAACUAGAGUCAUUAAAGGAUAAUUUAACACAAAACGUUGUUCCCAAAAAACAAGAUGGCUCACUUAUUGCAGAAAAGAAAAAAUCGCUAUUACAUGCAUUUAAUAAUCUUUCUUCUGGGAAUAGUAAUGCUAAUACUAGUAGUAAUAAAUUUUCUAACGCUAGUAAUGGUGAUGGUAAUUCCCAUAUUAAUAAUAAUGAAACUGACGGUUUACCUGUAAGCUUAGAGCAAGAUCAAAAUGAUAGGUUACAAUCAUUAAGGAUUGAAAUGGAAACCGCUAUCCAAGAGAAUAAUAUUCUUUCCACGGAGAAUCAUGAUAAGUUUAUAGAGACUAGAAACGGUGACGAAUAUGUUCCAAGUCAAGACAUUCAUUUAGAUUUUACUGACAUUCUAAGUAUUUUAAUUAAUAAUUUGGCAUCUUCUGAGGUUGAUAUUCAAAUAUUGGCGCUCCAAUGGUUAAACUCAAUUCUAAUGAUUGCUCCAGGUGAUUUGAUUCCAUUUUACACCAAAAUAUUGUCCUUACUUUUAAAAUUAUUAUGUGACAGAGAUCCUGAAGUCUCAACUAUUGCACGUACAGUCAACGAUAAAUUGCUAAUAUUAUGUGAUAGAUAUGAUGAAUUACAACAAAGAUCUUCACCUAUGGUUUAUGGACCUAUAGUUAAUAGUCUUACUUUACAAUUUUUUGAUAGUAAAGUAGAAGCCAAAAUUGCCUGUUUAGAUUGGCUGUCAUUGAUAUACCAAAAGUCACCUGAUGAAAUUUUGGCACACAAUGACACUAUGUUCUUGACUUUGUUGAAUUCCUUAUCUAAUAAAGAUAGUCGAUUGAUUGAAAAAGCUUUGAGUUUGUUACAGAAACUGUGCUCAGAAUCAAACGACUCUUAUUUGAGGAAAUUUUUGGAAGAUUUUUUAAAUAUUUUAAGAAGAGAUUCUGCUCUUUUGAAAACGAGAGCAAAUUAUAUUAUGAGAAAAAUUUGUACCAGUUUAUCUCCUGAGAGAAUAUUUAAAGUAAUAUCCUUAAUUUUAAAUACAUAUGAAGAUACUGUCUUUGUUAGAAUGAUGAUUCAAAUAUUGAGUACAAACCUAAUAACUGCACCUGAAAUGUUCUCCUUAAGAAAAAAAUUAAGAAACGGUGAUGAUCCUUUAUUUUUCACUCUAUUAUUUAAAACAUGGUGUAUCAAUCCAGUAAGUGUUAUAGGUUUGGCGUUGAUAGCUGAAAAUUAUGAACUCGUUUACUCUGUAAUUCAAGAAAUGGCUAACUUUGAGCUUUCAUUGAAUGAUCUAGUUCAAUUGGAUAUCUUAGUUCAAUUGUUUGAAUCAUCUGUUUUCACAAGAAUGAGACUACAGCUUUUGGAGCAGCAAAAAUCACAAUACCUCUAUAAGUGUUUAUAUGGGAUACUAAUGCUUCUUCCGCAAUCUAAAGCCUUCGAUAUUUUAAAUAGAAGGUUAAAUUCCAUAAACUUAUGGACUUUACAACCAAGUAACAACUCAACAGUGUUAUAUAGACAAAGAAAUGUGUCUGGAUCAGUAAGUGAUUCUGAUAACUCACAAAGGUCAGUGUCGCAGAAUAAGUUAAAAAAUCAAGAAUUGUUAGAUCAUUUCAAUAGAGUCAUGAAUAGAGAACAAGAAGUAGUAGAAUUACGAUCUGUUAAGGACUCAGAACUUCCUGGAUUAGGUUCUUUUAUGGAUGUUUCAGAAAAUCGUAGUUUCCAAUCAAUAAAUCCGUUAAUGUCUAAUGCCACCAAUGCAAUAACGGAGGUCCAUACUUUGAAUCAUUCGUUUGCAGAACCUGAUGAUACGAGUUCUGUGGUAUUUAGGGGAAAGCUUACAACCGAUAGUUGA